AUGCUAUAUUGGCAGGGGGCUUUAUAUCAAAACAACGACCUGCAGCUGACGCCUGCCUUAUUUGAGAGCGAGGACCCCUUGUCCACGUCGAUCUGGGGUUUGCUGCAUUGGAGUGACAACUCUAAAACCUCUUUACCUCGCACCCAUUUCAGCCUCAACGUGCUUCUUUCUGUGUCCACUCUGUUAAAAUUGCCAAGCUCUAAUGCCACUGGAUUGUCUCCAUGUCUCGAUCUAUACCGCGACUCGAUAUUGAAUAUCACCGAUACUUGUAACGACAAAAGCCUAAAGAAUGAAAUUGACAAUUGCAUCGCGCGCCAAUGUUCCGAUUUUGAGCGCUUCGAAGUCGCGAAAAUUUAUACCAACGCAUGCGCCGUGAAACCCAAGGACAAUCGAUUCGACCAUUACAUCCUCUUGCUUGCAGAGGUUCCAGCAUGGACUUUUGUUUGGCUUCGACUUUACUUGAGCUGGGUUACAUAUGAACGACUUGCUUUGGAUGACUAUGUGAUGACGGUCUGCGGAUUGAUAUACACGGCGUUCAUCCCGCUUGUUCACCUUUCAUACACUGCAACCAACAGCACAAUUGUUUCGAGCACAAUCCCUGGGUUUAUCACAGACGCCCUCAAGUUUGUUUACCUGACCGAAAUAGCCGAGAUAGCCUGCUCUUGUCUGUUGAGAGUCUCGAUACUGCUCGUCUGUCUCCGCACAACUCUUUCUAACCACCACAUGAUAGCGACAGGCACAACUAUUGUUUUCACACUUGCAUCCUCCGUCGUUCUGGUCUUGCUGCGAGUAUUUCGAUGUUCGCCGAUCGCAUUUUCUUGGGAAGCAUGGGCUCUAAACGAGAAAGAGAAAGAAGUGGGAGGAUGCUUGCCACAGGACUCCCUAGCAUACGCAGCAUGUGCUAUCGACAUACUUCUGAAUAUUAUCAUUUUUGCAACAAUGAUAUCCCUCAUCUCGAGUCGAUUUCCUCGAAGCAUAAUGUCCUGGCUGAGUCACGGAUUUACAGUGUUUUUAGGGGUAUUCGCUCUUGCGGUAUCUGGUCUUCGAGCUCAACUUUUGGUCGACUUCUUUACAAAAAUGCAACCGGUAUGGAAAUACCAUGAUCGACUUAUCUGGAUGGACAUCGAAAUUGCUGUCUUGAUUCUAUGGGCAUGCUCGCCUGUCUGGCAGUUCUUCGCCGACUCGGAUCCUAGCGACAGCGAGGUGCAAAAUCAAUCGGCGUUGCUGAUCACCAGCACCGACACCCCCAUGAAAAGAGGGACGUCUUCUAAAUCAACGAAGACAGCCAUACGCAGUACUGGAUUCUUGGGAAUGUUGACAAGAUCGCGUACAAAGAAAAUAUUCUCACCUGCCUUGCAUCUGGGAGACAAGACAUAUGGAGAUGUCAGGACAGAGAUACAAGGAGGCCAGAGAUUCUCCAUGAUUUCCCAAUUCACCGGCUUGAUUGGUAUUCAGGUCAAGACGAGGACAGUCAGGCGCGUGGAAGAUAAUGAAUGGGACGCAGAGAAGGGAGUUGCCAGAGAGAACAUCAAGGCUGGCGACUAA